AGAUCCAGGCCGGGACUGGGGGGCCAUACUGGGAGUACUGGGUUGUGUUCUAGGGUACUGGGAAGGGUUUUGGGGAACCUGGUCAGGACUGGGGGAUUUACUGGGAGCACUGGUAUCCCAGGGAGCUCAGCAGGGUCUCAGUGAGCUAAGCCGGGAGCACUGGUGUGAGCCCCAGGGUGCUGGGCAGAGUCGAGGGGAGCUGAGGAGUCCGCACUGGGAGCACUGGUGUUCCCUGGGGAGUGCCCCAGGGAGCCCAGCAGUGUCCAGGUGACCAGCAGAGGGUCUGGGGGUGCUGGGUAGGGCCUUGAACACUCCUCAGGCCCCCGCAAGCCAUGGAGUUGCUGCCCACCUUGCGCCUGGCCUGUGCCCUGCUCCUGGCUGACCUGGUGGUGCUGGCAGCGCUGGCCCGGUUGGCCUCGGCACUGGCCCGGCUGGGUCUAGUGGCCACGUGGCUGGAGGCUGGGCUGCGGCUACCAGUGCUGGUGGGGGCUGGGAGGCUUUUGGCCCCCGGAGGACCCCGGGGAGCUGCGGCCCUGGUGAGCCUGGCCCCCGCCACCUUCCUGACCCUGCGGGGCUGCCUGGAGCUGCCUGGGGCUCCACCAGUGCUGCUGGCCAUGGCCACACCGUCCUGGCUGGCACUGGCCUACGGGGCGGCCCUGCUGGCCCUGCUGACCUGGACCUCCCUGGCACCUGGGGUGGCCCUGGGGACCAAGGAGGCCAAGUACCAGGCAGCCCUGCGCCGGCAGCUGGCCCUGGCCUGGCCUGAGUGGCCCUUCCUCAGCGGAGCCUUCUUAUUCCUCGUGCUGGCUGCAUUGGGUGAGACCUCCGUGCCCUACUGCACCGGGAGGGCCUUGGACGUCCUCCGCCAUGGGGACGGCCCCACUGCCUUUGCCACUGCCAUCGGCUUUGUGUGCCUCGCCUCCGCCAGCAGUUCGCUGUUUGCCGGCUGCCGCGGGGGCCUCUUCACCUUCAUCAUGGCUCGCCUUACCCUGCGCACCCGCGACCGGCUCUUCUCUGGCCUGGUGCACCAGGACAUGGCCUUCUUCCAGGAGACCACAGCAGCCGAGCUGGCCUCCCGGCUGGCCACUGACGUGCCACUGGCGAGCAGGGUGGUGCCACUCAGUGCCAACAUCGCCCUGCGGAACCUGGGGAAGGUGCUGGGGCUCAGCGCCUUCAUGCUGGCGCUCUCACCACGCCUGACCCUGCUGGCGCUGCUUGAGGUGCCCCUUGCCAUUGUUGCACACAAGAUCUACAAUGCCCGGCACCAGAUGCUGCAGCAGGCUGUGCUGGAUGCAACAGCUGGCACUGGGGUGGUGGUGCAGGAGGCCAUCUCCUCCAUCGAGACGGUGCGGGCCUUCUCUGGGGAGGAGGAGGAAGAGCACCGCUACGACCAGGCACUGACCAAGAUGCUGAGGCUGCGGGACCAGCGGGACAUGGAGAAGGCAAUCUUCCUCCUCAUCCGGCGGGCACUGCAGCUGGCCGUGCAGGCGCUGGUGUUGUACUGUGGGCACCAGCAGCUCCGUGAGGGGACCCUCACUGCUGGCGGCCUCAUCGCCUUCAUCCUCUACCAGAAUAAUGCCGGCAGCAGUGUGCAGGCACUGGCGUACGCCUACGGCGACCUGCUGAGCAAUGUGGCAGCUGCCCACAAGAUCUUCGACUACCUGGACCGUGAGCCGGCUGUGGGCACUGGGGGCACCUGGGAGCCUGCCACACUCCAAGGCCACGUCACCUUCCAGCACGCUUCCUUUGCCUACCCCACGCGCCCUGAGCACCUUGUCCUGCAGGAUGUCUCCUUCGAGCUGCGCCCCGGUGAGGUGACAGCGCUGGCGGGGCUGAAUGGCAGCGGGAAGAGCACCUGUGCCGGGCUGCUGCAGCGCUUCUAUGAGCCCACGGCCGGGGAAGUACUGUUGGAUGGGGUGCCGCUGCGCGACUACAAGCACCGGUACCUACACCGCCAGGUGGCACUGGUGGGGCAGGAGCCCGUGCUCUUCUCUGGCUCCAUCCGGGACAACAUUGCCUAUGGCCUGGAGGGCUGCCGGGAGGAGGAGAUCAUAGCAGCUGCAGAGGCUGCUGGUGCCCUGGGCUUUAUCUCUGCACUGGACCAAGGCUUUGACACUGGGGAGAGAGGAGAUCAGCUCUCGGCGGGGCAGAAGCAGCGUGUUGCCAUUGCCCGGGCCUUGGUGCGAUGCCCCACUGUCCUGAUCCUCGACGAGGCCACCAGUGCCCUGGAUGGGGAUGGGGAUGUGGCACUGCAGCAGUGGGUGCAGAGUGGGGGGGACCGGACGGUGCUGCUCAUCACCCACCACCCGCGGAUGCUGGAGAAGGCUGACCGCGUCGUGGUGCUGGAGCAUGGCACCGUGGCUGAGAUGGGGACGCCUGCUGAGCUUGCAACCUGUGGUGGACCCUACAGCCGCCUGCUGCAGCGCUAACAACCCACAGGACAGCCAAAAACCCCCAGGGAUAGGCCACAGGGAGCAGCUGCCAGCUCCUGUCCUGGCUGCAGGAUGGGAGGUGGGGGCUGCUCCUGUUGGUGCCAGGAUUUGUAUGGAAUAAAGUGGAAACACUCCA